ACUACAGGCGCGCGACAUCAAAGGAACGUGUCGCGUGACGUAAUUUUCUAUCAUGUGGAGACAAGAAGAAAACACUGAGCCACGCUGAACUCGACACGGCAGACUCUAAAAAUGCUGAGGUUUUAAUCACACAAUGACUUUGGAUUAUUAUGAGACGCUGGAACUCAACAGAGACGCAACAGACGCAGAUAUUAAAAAAGCAUAUCGACGUCUUGCGUUGAAAUUUCAUCCGAGCAGCAACAGAAAACCUGGAAGCAGCGAGAAGUUCACUCAACUGAGUGAAGCCUACGAUGUUCUCAGCGACCCUAAGAAAAAGGCCACUUAUGACAAGUUUGGUGAGGAGGGUCUAAAAGGUGGUAUACCACCUGAGUUUGGCAGCGAUGGAGCUUGGUCAUCUAAAUAUACCUACCAUGGGCGACCAGACAAAACAUUCAGGCAAUUUUUCGGAGGUGACAACCCAUUUGCAGACUUCCACACUAAUGAAGCACCACUUAGGUUUGGUGGCCUCCAGCAUGUUGUGGUGAAGAUACAAGACCCUCCAGUGGAGAGAGACCUUCAUUUGUCCCUGGAGGAGCUCUUUCAUGGAUGCACAAAACAGAUCAAGAUAUGUCGCAGGGAAUUGACUGAGGAUACACAAUCGUCUAUUAUCAGACAGAAAAUUCAAUCAAUUGAUAUAAAUCCUGGAUUGAAAGAAGGCACAAAAAUUAUUUUCUUCAAAGAGGGAGAUCAGGGACCAAACAACAUCCCUGCAGAUAUUGUGUUCAUAGUGCGACAGAAAAAUCAUCCUCUGUUUAAAAGACAGGACAAUGACCUGAUCUACAAGGCCCACGUUUCUCUGGAGAUGGCCCUGACUGGAUUCUCUGUGGAUGUGGAGACACUAGAUGGCAGACUACUCACCAUCCCCAUCAAUGACAUUGUCCACCCAAUGUCCAGAAAACUGGUGAGUGGUGAGGGAAUGCCGCUGUCCCAGGAUCCUUCACAGAAAGGAAACCUCAUCAUUACUUUUCACAUCCACUUCCCUGAGAGACUUUCCCCUGAGCAGAGGUAUCUGAUCAAAAAAGCUCUGAAAUAGCGUACAUUACGCAACUUGCUGCGUUGAGGCCUUGAAAUGGGAUAAUGGAGAGAAAAAGAGGAAUAAUCCAGACAGAAGAGGAAUCCAGAAAGAGGCAGAAAUGCAACAUGACUGACGCCAACUGUUGUAAAACACCAGCAAUCAGAGAGAGACGGCCUGUGUAGCAGAAAAAAAGGGACAAGGAAGUGAUGCACUGUUGAUGUUAUGUUGUUUAGCCAGCAUGUUGUCACAUUCUGAAUGACUUGGCAAAUGAAUGAAGAGCAUUGUUGAAAGAGAAGAAAUAAAAGAAAUGAUUUCAA